UCUUCCCGGCCUCUGGGUGGCCUACAGAAUGGUGGAGACAUUAGCAUAGUCUUUGGCUCCUGUAUCUUACCAUUCUGAGGCUGGUUCCUGGGUCUUGUGAGGCAGGCCAGCUAUUGUAACUAGUCCAGGAGGGGUUCCCUGCUGCCCUCUAGCCCACCGAGGGGUUCUCCUAACUGAGGAGAGCUGGGCAUGGUGGCUCAUGCAGGGAGUACCCAGCACUCAAGAGCCUGUGCUACGUGGCAAGCUCCAGGAGGUGAGUAAAGACUACAAAUAAGACCUUGUCUCAAAACAACAAAGAGCUGAGGAGUCAACCUGGCAGCCAGGCUCACCACAGCAGAUAUGGGUAGACUGCUGCGUGCCUUACUGUCCCACUUAGUUCUCAGGUGGCACCCAGUGGCAGGUCUCACUUAAGUGGGACAUGGGCAGGCAAGUCAAAGCCUCCCACCCACAGGCUGUAACUUGAGAGGGACUGGUUGCUGGACCAAUGAAUAAAUACCCCGUAAGAAGCAAAGUCACCUUCAGACUUCCAUCUGGGAGGUUCCCGUGGCUGGGGGGGCCUUUACAGGCAGUGUCGGGUUCUGGGGUCAGUAGUGCUGCAGCAAGGCUGGCCUCCCUGGUGAUCCAGACGUGGGCCCUCUCUGAGCUGUCAGCUACAUCUGAGAGCCCUCAGAGCAAGGCUGCUGUGUGCUCAUCCCCCGGCUGCCACCUAAGCCUGCCGCUUCUUGGACAGGCACUCAUUGUCCAACAGGAACUGAAGUGGUGCUCUCACAGGCCCAGGCCUGUGCUAUGACUGACCACAGUGACACAUCAGAGAGCAUGAUCUCUGGGUGCCCAGGAAACCCUGGAGGCAGCUGCAGACCAGUCACAGCAGGCCGUGACCUCAGCCCCAACCUUCACAUGCGAUGCUUCCUGAUUUCCUCUGUGCUGGCGCUGUGGAGGCCACUCUGCAAGCCCGGUCUCUAAGGCUCCUCAGAACAGCAGAGCCUGCACACCUGUGGGGGUGGGGAAAGAGGAAGAAUGGCAGGUUGUAAAGCCAUUUGUCCAUCAUGGUCACAUGUUACAUCUAGGUCGGGUACAGGGCACCCUGAUCUCCCGGGCUGUGCUCUGCUUCCUGGAUAGUGCAGGCAGUAGAUCUUGGGGCUCACCGGAUCAAGUGUGGUCUCGUUAGCCCCUUGUACACUGUGGUGUCUGGUCUCAUCCCUCAAGAGGACUGGGGGAGGGAGUGAGGAAGAACCACACCCGUCUGCCCCUGCUGUUACUAGGAGCAGAAGCAAGGGGCAGGAAGGGGUCCCUUUCCGGUGUCCCACAUGACUAGCUACUCUUUGAGUACAUGGUUCCCACUUGCCUGGAUAGAUGAUAAUUAAACCUACCACAGGUUAGCCAGGUGUGGUGGCACACGCCUUUAAUCCCAGCACAUGGGAGGCAGAGGCAGAUAGAUCUCUGUGAGUUUGAGACCAGCCUGGGCUACAAAGUGAGUUCCAGGACAGCCAGAAGUGUUACACAGAGAAACCCUGUUUCCAAAAACCAACAAUAAAACAAAACAAAGCCCUAACCUACUACAGGCAGAGCAAUCCCUGAGUGAACAGAAACGACAAAGGCAGGAGGUGUCGGUCUUAUCAUUUACACAUACCUCCCCCAAAUGGGUCCAUUAUUUAAUCUACCCCAUGAUGAAAUUUAGCCCAUACCCUCUCUUUCUGGCCUUGUAGAACUCUUGAUUCCUUUCUUUGAUUCAGUCCAUGGAAGCCCUAAGGCUACCUUUCAAGGCUGUAGGAUGGGAUGUGACAGACACCUCCUGUGCCCAGGAGGGCUGACACCCUUCUCAGCUGUGUCUGGGCUUUGAGGGCAGUUGCCCCUUUAGCUAAGCCAUGAGGCAGCAUCCACCUGAAGGUACUACCUAGUCUUCUUCCCCCAUUGGCACCUUCCCCAUCUUGGCACCUGCAGAUGGCUCCACAUCUAGGAGUCUCUGGAGGGACAUCAGAGUAAAUCCCGAGGAGGGCAGGAAACCCAGACAAGGCGGAUGUCAGCAGACCCAUACCCAGGUGAAGCAGUCUUAGAUUCAGAAAGCAGCCAACCAUUCCCUUGUAUUUUCUGGGGGAAAAAAAAAAUCUUUGGAGACAGGUAGCUAGAAUCUGCGAUCCUAGUGGGGUACCCCGUAGAACAGAGGGGCAACCACUCUUCUUGAGAGCCUCACACACGAACCUAUUGCCAUAAAGUCUGCCAGAGGGAGGGACGGAAUAGUCUCCCCAGGCUGUGAGCAAAUCAGCACAGUGUCUGCAAUCGGGUAGUCCCUGUUCUUAGAUGUGGCUCACCUCUAAGCUGAAAGUUCAGCAAGCUAGGCCCUUUUCCCACCUUGGACUACUCCAGGAAUAGUAAAAGCUACCUGGGCCUCCCCUGUCACCCACCCACACACUCAACCAUCCUCCCCCAGCCCAUGACGCCCUGCGGCAUCCAAGGCGUCAGAAGCCUGGGCUGGCAGCAACAUGCCCUUAGUUUCACGUUAUGCAACAGCACCAGAAGCUAGCCCCCUGCUUCCUAGAAAGCACCCUGACCACAGGUUCCCGGACCUUCCUCUCAGGAAAGGGCUAGGUCGUCAACUAGAGGCAAAAAUCAGAGCAUGGGGAUCCUCAGCCUCAGGCCUCUAAGGAACUGUCAGUGAUCUCCACGUCUGUGUCUUAGGAGAUCUGUGUGCUCCCCCACAGCACUGGAACACAGUGCUGUAUGAUGUGUGUGUGUGUGUGUGUGUGUGUGUCCUGUAUGGUUUUCAAGGCUUCAGCACUGUAUGCCCCCACACCUCACUUCUGAACCAAACAACCCGUGCCCAGCUGCACUUCACCCACCCACCAGCCCGCCUGGCUGCAGGAGUCUGGCCUUCCCGUGAUUCUUGAAGCACAUUUGUAUGGUGUGCUUGGUGCUCACCUACUUAGUGUAGGAACACCCCUGUUUGAGCUCAUGAGGCCUUAGAGAAAUAGUCAGAAACCACUGUUACCAUUGGAUGAAAGGAUUUUGGAGACCCCGCCCCAAGCUUGUCCGAGAGGAGUGAGUGGAGCCUUCCAGCUUCCUGCUCAGCUCACCUGGAAACCACGGCAUUGCAGAGCACCCAGCCCCUCAGCUGAGAUGUAAUGUCAGGAGAAAGGCUCCCUGUAUGUGAAACACCUGGGCAGGCCAGGCAGGUGAGAGGUGGUAGCACAAAGUCUGUCAGUGAGCUGCCUUCCUCUUGGGCCCUCCCCUGUGAGAUGUCAGCCCUCUCUGCCCUCUCUCUGAACAUUCAAAACACUGGAGGAAAAGGCUUCAUCCACACAUAGUAGGUGUCAAGGCCUAGUGUGGUUCACGGACUCUCUCUACAAAGGCCAAAGAAUGUCUCCAACUGAGAUCUCUUGGUAGUAAGUGGGAAGACUGAGCCAGCUCCCUCAUUCUGAGCUUUUUCUCAGGGAAGAACAGGGAGAAGAUGGGUUGGUGAGGCUGUUUGCAGACCACACCUCCCUCGUGUGCUCAAUCCAGUUCUGAACUCCAGAAACACUGAGAGACCAUAGGGGAGGCUGUGGUCCUGGGAGGAUGAGACACUGAGAGCAGGGGGCAGUGACAGUACUGUGUCCCCCACAAGCACUCAGAAAUGGACUGUGGAGUUGAGGACUGGGAUGUGCUCAUCCACAAACCUGCCAUGUUGGAGCCCGCUGCUCCAACUUUUUCAGGAUGCCAUCUGUGCAAGUGUCAUGGGAUGCUGGGAUGGAGUACCACAAAGUGGUUCUCUGUGGGAACACCAGAGCGUGUUUGGAGGCCAGAAGUCCCACAUGGAUGUGUGUCAGAGCUGUGAGGGAAGGUGGCAAGGACUCCCCAGUUGCUCACUGCUCAGGCCUUAGGACUCUAUCCUGACUCUCCCCGCUGACCCUGUACAACCCCGGUCCUAACAACAGGUGGCUCCCUACACUGUGCACACUUAAGUCUAAUUACCCUCUUUGUUAGGACAUUAAUCAUUAGAUUAGAACCCAAACUAAUGAUCUCCUCUUGAAUCAGCAACAUCUGCACAGACAGCAUUUGAAUCAAAUCACACAGUUGUAUCCCAUUGAAUUGACAUAGUCCAACCCAUGACACCCUCUACUAGUUCAAUCAAUACAUCAGGGAUCAAGGCAUGGGCAAACCAUGACUUCUCUUGUGGGCAUGUUAGUGGAGGCCCCAGUGAGGUAGCAUUUGGAGUUAGUUGUCACUGUGAUAAAGGGGUGGGUGUCUGCCUCAUUCUUGUCAGGGCUGCUGGUUUUCCUGAGGCCUGCUCCACACAUGCUUCUUGGGGUUGCUGGGAGCUGCAUGGGACCUACAGAGCAUGGCUGAAGCCUAUGAGUUGGAUCCCAAACCUGAGUUUCUGCUAAAGGAGGUGAAUGAACAGCACAGCAUGUAGGCAGUAGAUCAACAAAUGAGUACUCACAGCAGCAUCUAACCAGCCAGAAGUGUGGGCCAGGCCUCGCUCUGUUGUCCACAGACCUCUGAGAACCUUGGUUUUCUCCUAUGCAAGUAGAACGGAAUGACUCCAUCUACUGUGCUCUGAAUGCCAGAGUGACUCAGCCCUCUUCCCCCAACUGUCUCUGACUCUGAAGAUUCACCUUCUCUUCCCAUCUCAGCCCACAGAUGCCAAGGAAUGGCGUGUUACAGGGUCGAUGGCCAGCCCCCGCGGGGUCGGUGCGUGACCGCGGCGCGGGCCAGCCAAGUCCCGUGGGGCAGACACCGCCGACCACGCGGCGGGUUCCCCGCCCGCGCACCUGUCCUGGGCGUGGCUUCGCGGCCCCGCCCCGCCGCGCUCCGCGCUGGUUGGCCGAGGAGGGGCGCUAUGCUAAUGAACCUGACCCUUCUCGCACCUGCCGGCCGCGCUGCCCGCGGGCACCGCGCGGACCCUACCACCCGUAUCCCGCUGCGGGCUCGAGAUCCUGCCGCCUCUAGGGAGGAGACCAUGCCGCGCUCCUUCCUGGUGAAAACGCACUCCAGUCACAGGGUCCCCAGCUACGGGCAACUGGAGACACAGAGAGAGGCUAAUGGCUCCAGCUCUGCCUGUGAGGAGCCGGUGGGAUCCUGCCACCUGCCAGAUGAGGAGGCCCCUUCCACUCCUCGUGCCCCUCUGCAGCCCUGGGACAGCACGUCUGCCGUUGCCUGCAUCUCUCUGCCUCUUCUGUCACAUCAUGGGGAAGCACUGGGAGCCUCUGGGCCCAAACCCCAGGAAACCGGCUGGGUGGGCCCUCGGGCUGGCCAGGCCCCCAGUGUUCCCCUCAAAGACAGUUUCAAUCUGCCCUCACUGUUGGUGCUGCCCACACGAUGGCCCCCAAUCCUGGGCCCAGAUGGAGCUCUAGAUAAACAACUAAGGGCCGAGGGAACAUCUCGAGUCCCGGGCAGUUUUGAAUGCAUCCACUGCCACAGGCCCUAUCAUACACUGGCCGGCCUGGCCAGGCACCAGCAGCUGCACUGCCACCUGUCGGCUGGGCCCGCCUUCACCUGCAGGUACUGCGACAAGGAAUAUGCCAGCCUGGGGGCCCUCAAGAUGCACAUCCGCACCCACACGCUGCCCUGCAUCUGCAAGGUAUGCGGCAAGGCCUUCUCCAGGCCCUGGCUGCUCCAGGGCCACAUCCGCACCCAUACAGGUGAGAAGCCCUAUACUUGUCCUCACUGCAGCAGGGCCUUUGCUGACCGCUCCAACCUGCGGGCUCACCUGCAGACCCAUGCUGGUACCAAGAAGUACCGCUGUACCGUCUGCACCAAGGCUUUCUCCCGCAUGGCUCUCUUGGCUCGGCAUGAGGAAGCUGGCUGCUGUUCUGGCCCUUAGAGGCACAGCAGAGUGGAGGGACCAAGACUGACUGUAGUCUCAGUGGCUCUAUGUCAUCCAGGACAAUCAGAGGAGGCAGGGCCCAGCCCACUGUUGCCUGGGUCCAGCCAGAACCAAGAAGCCCAGUAGAGCCUUGAAGCAUCUUUCCCCAAGGCCUACAUUCAGAGUAGAUGUAUCACCACAAGACUCACCAAAACAAGAACCAACAGUUUCAUGUUCAGCUUGGCCUGUCUGCUGGACCUAUUCCAAGAAGGAGAGACUAUUGGGAAGUGGCUAACACCGGACAAAUCCCACCAUGACACCAGUGAGCCUGGCCACCUGGGUCCCUUAGUGUGCAACUUGAAAUGAUCAUUUUUACUUGAGAGCACAAGGUCUGUAUAACAUUGGGAAGCACAGCUACCUCUCAGCCAGCCUCACUUGCCUUUGCCCUUGGGUUGGAGACACAUUUUCUCUUGCCCCUUAUGUACACAUGCAUUCACACACAUGAGCAUGCAUAUGUCCCAGCUCCUCCCCCUGAGAUGAGGCAGGGCCAGGGAGGAUCGGGCUGAUGCCAGGUCCUGCCUCAUCUCCAUUGUCCUGCUUGGAGCUGGCCUCAGUGACUGCUUAAUGUCUCAGCAGAGCAGCCGUGAGGUAAUGAAUGAAGAGCCUCCACACUCAGGCCUCCUGUCUUGAGCCUUGAAGUCUUGAGUCUUUACCAAUCCACUUGAAUCUAUGGAGGAGGCAGAAUUCUCCAGGGGCAAUGGGAUUCCAGAUAACCUGGGCCUUUCUGGGUACAGGGCAGGCAGGAGACUGAGGGCAUCUUGUGGGAGCAUUUCAGAGCCCUGUGAGGCUGGGGCCUUCACUGGAAAUGGAACCUGAGAGAGAAGCUGCACGAAGUGAUUUGGCCUGGAAAAUGGAGAUGAGCCUACAACUAACAGCAGGGUUAAGGGGCCCGUGGAGGAUGCUUGGACAGGACCAAGGCUGAGAACUGCUAGGAAUACUAUGUGCAGCUGAGUAGCAUCCUGAGCCCAGAACAGGGAAGGACUUGCUUCUUCCAUUGGAUCUGGUUGACUCUAGUUGGCAUUUGGACAGAGAAAGGAAACCCACAGAGUCCACAAGAGAGAAUUCUUGACACCUUUUUAGGUAAGAGGCUAUCGGGCAAUCCACUUCUGGCCCAGAACAAGGGACAUGAGCCAGCAUCCUUUGUUCAGGCCCAGUAACAAAGGCCCAGCUUCUUCUGGGCUUCCAGGAGCCUGCUAGAAAGCCCAUGGGUCAUGCAGGUACCUUCACCUCUGGUUUUGCAGCUGCUUCAGGCCAGACUCGGUAAAGAGCAUCUGGCUGUGGUUUGCUGGUGUGAGGGAUAGCUCCCUAAGAGGCCUUAGGGACCUCCCAGAGGAAACUUGAACUAUUUGGAGAAAGUCUCAAACAGUCUCAGUCUAUAACUCACAUUGGCCUUGAGCUCACAGCAGUCCUCCUGCCUCAGCCUCCCAAGUGCUGGGAUUAUAGGGGUGAGCACCAUUCCUGGCUUAGGAAUGUGACCUUGAGGUUGGGCUUCUAGACCAGGAGUGGCUGCAAAUGCAUAAACACCCCACCCCGACUCCUGUGAGAAAGAUGGCCGCAGGCUGACUGCAGCAGACCUGUGCCAGCUGGUGGAGGGACACACUUGAGACAGACACACUCAUGUUUUCAGACCAAGAGCACUGCCUUCCAGGGGGUGGGUAGGAACUGGAUACGAGGGUAUCCUCUGAAUGGAAAAGCACGCACCAAAAGUUCUGGAGGCCAGAAGUCCCAGCACAAAGAGACCUUCAGGGCAGGAGGUGAAUCUUGUCCUUGGCUUGUAGGAGGAGUUCCUCCGUUUCUGCCUUGGCCAUCACACUGCCCUGUCCUGUGAGUCUCUCCAGAGUGACCUUAUCUUAACAUCUGCGAAGAUCCACUUCAGGUUGCAGUCUAAGGUUCUAGGGGUUAGGAUUUUGACAUGGACUUGGAAUGAAGGACUGCUGUUCAGUCCAAACAUCCUAGAACAUGUGUUGACAAGUCACCUUCCCUGUGACUGACCCUCACUCUUGGAGCAAGGCAAAGGGGUCUAAAUGAUCCCUUCUCAAAAUCUACACAGGACCAUGGGAUAGUCAAUUACCUGAAAAAGCUUCAAAGGUUGGGUAAGAAACCCCUCUCCCCCCACCUCCUCUUCAUCUCUCUGUCAAAGCAAAAGAAGGAACCUUGUCCCCAAAUGUCUGGCCCUCUGUAAGCAGGUCAAGAUUCCCCAGACAGGGGGGCCCUCCGAGCUCUAACCAACAUGAGCCUGGAUUUCUCACAGGAGCGUUCUUUUAAAAUAGCACCCAGAUGCCCAAAGGAAGCUAUAUUGUAGAUUGUGUUCUAUUUCUGGUUUCUCAAGUCUAAAUGGGGUUGUCGCACCUGUUGGUAUGAAGCAGGGAAUCUCACAGCCUAAAAUAAAGUGGAAUGUUUUCCCCCUUUGGUUCCAGCC